GCUAAGUAGGGUAGCUUUGUAGCAGUGCUGUUAGCCAGGAAAGGCCGCUCUAUCUGUCGCUGUUGAUAGUAUUUCUACGAUCGCGUUUUAGGCCCAAUCUUGACUUCUUUGCUGGUAGCCUUUUCACAAUCUCGCUUGACUCCAACACGACGAUGGCUCCUCCAGGAAUAUCUUCGCUUUGGUUCUCGUUUGUUCAAUCUCGUCCUGGCCCAGAGGCGCGGACCGAUCCGAACGCUGGUCUUGACUUCGAUGCAGGAAUCAACACCUCUGCCGCUUGGACAGGGCACAUAGACGCAGAUAAUACACCCACUCAACCUUUCACAGAUGGUCCAGAACCUUCCUCUUCGCCCAAACUGCAUUCACUAUCUGACGACGAGCCCGAAGACGAUGAAAUUGAAGAAGGCGAGCAGGAUGGUCGUCCUGCAAGGGUACUAUAUGGGUUUGAAGGGAAGCCAGAGUUCAGGGAGCUAGUGGUCGAAAGCGGUGAGGAAAUUGAGGUAUUGAAGGAAGAGGUUGGCGAUGGGUGGAGUUUGGUCAGGAAUGUAGCGGGAGAAAUGGGAUUACUGCCUAGGGCGUACUACACUUUUACGAUAGACUUUCUGGUAGCUCCAGAAGGUGCCCCUCCUACAUUCAGCAAAAUUAGACGACGAGAUGCGUCGGCAACGUCGCUGACACCGCGCGGAUCCCCCACUCAGACCUCCCAACAAUUACCAUCCACUCCUGAAUUAGAAGCGCCGAGUACCUCUUCACAGCCUAUACAGCUACAAACUACUGGCGAAAGGAUGCUAGCUGCUUUUCCUUCUUUUCGUCAAUCCCUCCUCGGAGGGAAGAACCUCAACCGCUUCUCAGCCUUUGUGACCUCAGGCGCCGAAGACUACGUUCUGAAGGGAGCUGGUGGACUCAGUGAAGAGCACGUGUUGCCGCCUACUAUGCGAUCUCUUCCUACAUCACAUGAAAGAAACGAGAGCGAGGAAAGCAGCGAAGGAAGCGAUAGUGACAUCUUCGGUGAAGAGAAAUACGCCAGUUCGGGGCAGAAGCCAACGACAAGUGAAGCCGACCGUCACUACGUCGAGUCCGGUCCUUCGUGGAAGUCCAAGGUGCCUCCAUUCCGAGUCCUAGUCCAUUCGCCUUCCAGACGUUCUUCUACUCUCUCCGGCGCGUUUACGGUCUAUAGUGUCACAUCACUCUUUCAGAUGCUGCCCGACCCCAGCUCUCCUGAUUAUGACCCAGAAGCUGAGCCACAGUCUCCAAUGCGCAUAACCGUCUACCGUCGAUUCUCUCAUUUCGUCGUCCUUCACACUGCCCUCACACGACGCCUUCCUGGGCUUGCUCUUCCGCCCUUGCCUGAGAAACAAUAUGCAGGACGCUUCAAUGACGAUUUUGUGGAAGCAAGACGAGGAGAUCUGGAGCGAUACCUCGCCAGGAUUGUAAGGCAUCCUGUUGCGCGGUAUGCAGAGUUCCUCACAUUCUUCCUUGGGUGUGAGAGUGAGAUUGAAUGGAAACGCCAGCUUCCUCGCCACCUUGCGUUACCUCCUGCGGGGUCAUCAUUCUAUGCCAACGUUUUCCAUCCUGCUUUCAAUCUCGAUGCAGAAGAAGCUGGAGAGGCCGUCGAGCGCUUCGAGACACAUACCAAGGCUGUUGGUUUAGGUAUCCAAGGCCUACGUAACGCCUUUGGACAGAUUCGACAAGCUCGCGUCGAAAUGUCCAAAGCCGAACGGCUUUUAUCGUACUCUCUUCUCUCACUUAUAACUUCCAAACCUCUCGCCACUACACCAAACGGUCCAGUAUAUCCCGCGCAUCUCGACCCGCUAUAUGAGCCCGAAUACGAUGUAGAAGACGAUCAAUCUAUAUCAGAAACGACUUCAAUUCACAAAGGAAGAGCAUCUGAUAAAACUGGCAGAUGCAGGGGGCUGUCCAAUGAGGAAGGCGCUUGGUGUUGGAGGGAAGGGUGUGAAGAAUGUCUGGAGUUGACCAAGGCAAUGCAGAAGACAAGUGAGGCACUGCAGAGUGUAGCCGAUCUUUACGAUGACCAUGCCCGACGGACCCAACUUGUCACUCAUGAAGCUCUGAAAGGGGUAGCGCACCCGACGCCAACAUACGCUCCUGUGAUCGACACACAUCGAAACGCACUUUCCAGAUAUUCUGAGGCUACGCGCACCGAUAAUACUGACGACAAGGUCGCGGCACGUUGCGAGACGGUCCUAAAUACGACCAUGGCUGAGAUGGAAAUCUAUCACUCGCAAAAGGUUGAAGACUUUACUCAGAUAGCCAAGGAACAUCUAGAUGGUGAAAUUGAAUUCUACGAACAGAUCCUGAAUCGCCUUCAUACUGCUCGGCGAGCGUAUGACCAGCCAGUGCCUUCACAUACCUCGAAUACACCUUCAACGUCCUCCGUCAUCCCACCUGGACCCCGUCAGCAAUCAAUCUAUGAACGUGAGCUCGCUCACCCACGCCUCAAUCCCGACCCUCUACCGCAACCUUGUCCACACGUUUACGAUUCUGCACCGAUGAGACCGGUGAGUCACGCCAUUCAACAAGGGGUCGGGUUGUUUCUGGGUGGGAGCGUUGGAUCAGGCCUGGGUAUAAGUGGUGGUGCGGGUAGGACAAGUGUUCUUGGAAGAUUCGGGUGGGGAAUUUGAGAGUGGGUCUAGCCUGCACUUGCCGCUCGGAGGAUUAACGACUUUUACAAAACGGUCACUUCCAUGCGGAGGGAGUCUAGCAUAGCUGAAUGUUGAUCCCUCGUGUAAAGCGCAACUAUGCGUCUAUUGUCGAGCAUGUAGCACGAAGGUCUUGAAUCAAAACCAGAUAUCACGGUCAUCUGGUAUGGUAGUCGCGAAGUGAUUGCGUCUAGGAAGAAACGAGGAUCGUGUACAACUGAAGCAUCGAGUACGGUUUUGGUGGUGACAUUAUCCAUUUGUGUCUCAGCAUGCGGCGGGAUCGGCGGGGGUCGUUUGAGAUGAUAGCCAGCCUCAACAAUGACUCUUUCGCCAUCUCCUCUUUCGCCAUCUCCUGGGGCAAAGACUGCGUUUUGCCCAGCAACAUCGAACGAUGCGCCCCCAUCUACCGACGUAAAGUCCAGCCCACCGAUUUGAUCGUAUUCUUGAAUAAGUCGAGUGUUGGCAGGUCCCCACUGCGACCAUGGUACUACUUGGGGCGACUCGGAGUUGUCAUUCCCGGAGAGGUAGGACUGAAUGAUCCGCGAGUGCACGAUAUAAGAAUACUCGAUUGGCCAAUGGCCGCGGUCGUACGCGACUGUGACCCAAUGGAUUCGUCCGCUCGGAGUUGUUCGGAAUGGGAAGUUUGCAUCAGGUUUCGUAUUGAGCGAUCUCUCGAUGACGCGCAUGGAGCGGACCUUGACAUUGUGUUUCACAGGGGGGAAAAGAAGGGAGGCGAUAUGGCUGGCUCGAUCUUCCUGAUGUAAUUUAAAAGCGUAUAUCUCGAGGGAGCCUGAUUCUGACGCCGAAGUCAUCAUAAAUGCUUUGGGUGAGAGCAACGAGAGCGUAGGAUCAGUGGUCCACCGUGGAAUGGGCCGCCCGGGAGUAUUGUCCAAGGAUUCUCCGGGUGCGUGCCUAGCUAGGAGUUUACCGGUCUUCCAAUCGAAAAGGAGAACAUCCAUGCGUUGUUUGCUGGAGAAAGUAGCGAUGUUUUCUAAUAUGUCUAUCUGAUCUGGACAUCUAUCGUUUCCGCCGGGGUAAGCCAUAGAGGGUCUUGCAGCACUUGGGUGAGCUGUAUUUCCACUUAGCGUGUGAAUAGUGAUGGAAUGAACAUCCUCGCCGUUGUUGACGACGGUGUUCACAUAUAUGAGCAAGUCUUGACUUGGAUCGAAGGCCCAGCAACCCGACACAGCGCGGACGUCGACAUCGUCAAAACUGAUACAAUGCCCGUCGUCCGUCCGGGAAGGAAGCCAAUGAACGGUAAACUUGGCUUCAUUCACCAACACGGCUACUCCGUCCAUGAUCUGAAACUCCCAGUCGGCACGUUCAGCGUAUGGUAGGUGUGUGACGACCGUUCUCUUGCCCUGGCCGGUGCGCCACGCUUGUCUGUAUUCCGAUAACAACUCGAGCCGUUCUCGUAUAGAGAGCAGGCCAACCCGACAGUCAGACAUGCCGUGGGUAUCUAGGUCGAUCUUGUACUGCAGCUCUAUGGAUUCUGCUCCCACUCGACGAAGGUCCCUGCACGACAGCGAGCAACGCAAAAUGUCUCUGUACUCCAAGUGAACCAAUAUGGACGUCAGGAGUUCGGGUGGUAGAGACAGUAGAGCAUGAUUUCGAGAGGAUAUUCGGCCUGACAUAGUUGAUUCCGCUUCGCGGAACGAUGAGGGUUAUGGCG